UCCGACAAAUCUGUUCUCGUUAGCACCAUCAGUUGUUACAUCGUGUUCAAUCAUGAUUUCUCACGAUACGAAGACAAGGCCAGGUUUGAUGAAUGAACUAUCAAACCUGCUAUCACAGUCGUUACAUAGGCAAUGGUGUAGGCAUACCGGCCAGAUGACUGUUAAGUAUCAGUUGAACUUGUGCGUGGUCGCUAAUAAACAAUAGAGUCCUGUUGCACCUGUCAGUGACUUUAAUGGUGUCAUAUGUACCUAUACUCAUAGACGAUGACCAGCAAGAGCAAGUCUGGCGUUGACCAUUACGCACAAGUCGCAGCCAGCAAGUUAGGCACUUACAAUUGUGCCGUGUUCCUCAAGCUUGUCACGGAAGACUCAUCUAUAACCUACGCUGUACGCGUACCAGCGCAUGGCUCGGUCACUAACUGGACCAAAGACGACCUCGGGAUGCUUACGUCUUGAACCGGGAGGUGGGUUUGAUCAAGUACAUCCGUGCACACACCAUUGCGCCCCUAAUGCACAUCGUGCACCACUUCUCCAACCAUGACAAUGAGCUUGGCUUCCCCUUCAUCUUAAUGGCAGAACUGCCGGGUGUAGGCGCUCAAUCUAUAUGG